GUUAACGUCUAUUUAUAGUCACCUGGUAUUUUCCGACAUUUGUGUUUAUCUUCCUCCAUACGAAAGACUGUUUUUAAAUUUGUCCCAGUUAAAGUAUAUCUUGUGUGUGUUCUACUGGGAAUUAAUACGACAAAAGAGAGAGUGAAAGUCAUCUAACAACAAUAUGCCACUGGGGGCAUCAGACGUGGGUGAUUCUUCAGAUCUGGAUGCAGAAACGAAGGAGUCUGAAGUGGAUUUCAAUGCUGAAACGGUGGAUACGGGCGAACAUGGAAUUAUAGAGGGCGCCACCGCCGAAACUCCCCACCAGAUUGUUCUGAGGUACGCCCAGAACACAGACAAGACAUUAGCGGAUCAUUUCCCCAAAGGGAAGAUCACAAAAGAAAUAAACAAAGAGAUCAUUCUAGAGCGUAGUAGAACCGCUGAUGUUCUUCUGAACAGCGAGACAUUCGGACGACAACACGCAGCACUGGCAUGUCGCGAGCAACAGAACGGCGAUCUCAGUUUAAUAGUUAGGAACAGAAGCAAGAAGAAGAAGAUAUUUGUUGUCAGCGGCGACGGCAAAAGGACUGUCACUCCUGGCAGCGAAUCAGAGUUGGUUAGCAAAGACACGAUCCAGAUGGAGAAGUUAACGUUUGUUGUGGAGAUCCAGGAAGGAGACGUCGAGGCCAAAUCGUUUGAGUUUCAGAUGAAGUGCCACGAUGAACCAGCUCUCUCCGAAUCGUCUGGGCAAAAUAUUCAACACCGCAUCCACGGAAACACGCCAGGACCCUUUAUGAAUCAUCCCUGCUUCGUUCCUCCUUGUGGUCUUGGAAACCCAGGAAUCCCGGGUCAGAUUGUCAACGCUCCUGUUCAAUCGGCGGCGCCCUACGGCUACCAUCAGCACGCUGAGUCAUACUCUAGAGCGCCCCAAGCUUCCGUGGGGCACACCUACAAGGGAAGCAUCAUGUCGCAGCCGACCACAGACGACAUCACUCCUGGUUUCCUCCCAAGUCCUCCUCAAGGUAAUUUCUUCCAACAAGGCGCUGCAGGUGCUUCUCAGAUGCCACGUCUUACAUAUGUCUUCUCUGCUGCACGCCAGCUAGGCCAACCACUGACAAGUAAUUUUGUUACCGGUCAUGCCGUGGAAGAAAACAGCCAAUGCCAAGGCCACCAAGGUCAACGCCAGAGCAACCCAGGUCAUGGUCUGCCAGGAAUGGGCGCCGUCAUCCCGGAAGGACAAGGAGGCGCCAACCCGGAAAUAGGUUACCCGGAUUACUAUGCGAACGCAAAUUCGAUAUCACUGGGUGGAGUGAACGAACGUAUGCAAUAAGCAAAAUUUAAUGUCUGUAUCCAUGUACUGUUAAAGCGGCAGUCUCGUUUUCCCAUCCCAUAGCAUAAUUAUUUUCGUAAUGCAACUGCAAAACAACUCCAGCUGUUCCAGACUUGUAUACUUGCUAUAAAGGCAUUGUUGCCAGUGGCGGAUCCAGAAUUUUGGGGUAAAAAAGGUUCUGAAAAGGGCAAUUUGUGGUUGCCGAAGGCAAAUGACCGGAGGUCCCAUAAGGAGCUACAUUUUUAAUGGGGUUGGGCGGCAUGAUUCUUGGGGAAAUCUUGAAAUAAAAAUGCCCAGAGACUGUUGUCAGAGGAAAUGAGUGUUGUUACUGUGGAUAAUGAAUGCAAAACAAAGUCAUUAACAAGGGCACAUCAAGCGGGCUGGGUGGGUGACACGCGACAAUUGUGGCCCUCUUCUGGAUCCGCUAGUGGUUACAGGUAACUAAUGAGAAGGUAACUCGUGGUUUGGCCGUCCAUGGCUAGUUGAAACAUGUUUAUUUCACACAGAUUAUGGACUGCGUCUAAAGGAUAUCACUUACUUGCUUGUCACGGAAGAUAAAGAAUGUGGAUAAUAAAAUUAACAUAUUCCUGAGAUUGCCGCUUUAAGAUAACAUGACAAAAUUGCAUUUAAUUGACUGUAAUGUCGUUUCCGUUUAGGGUCCCUUAUUAGGGUUAUUGAUAUUUACAUUACGCCAAAACCUUGCCACCAUGCCUCUUAUAAGCAAAAACUUUGUACUGAGUCAAGUGCAGCAGACUGUGUUCUAUAUAAACAUUGUACGUUGGUAAGAUAGUCAUUAUAUUUUGAUGUUUGUAUUAUAUUACUGUCUCCUCUCUUCCUCCCACUCUCUCCGUCUCUUUCUCUCUCCCUCCCUCCCCCACUCUCCCUUCCGCCCUCUAUCUGUCUCUCACGUUCUCUUUCUCUGCCUUUAUAACUCUUUCACUUCCUCUUUCCUCCUCACUCUCUUCGUAUCUGUCUGUCUGUCUGUUUCUAUAUCUGUCUGUCUGUCUCUCUGUGUAUAUAUAUAUAAUUUCCUUCAGAGUCAAGUAUUAUUUAUGGUGAGUGCAUUCUUGUGUUUUUUAUUUUUGUAUACUUUGCACUUGUUUGUCUCAAGUGCCCUCAAUACCAAAAUAGCUUUACUAGUAUUAUGUUAUGGUUAAUCUUGUGUAUUCUAAAUUAAGGAAUUGGAUCUGAAUCAAGGUUUUACUUAGCAUUUAUUUAUGUUUAUUUUUCAUUUCAUUAUUUGCUUAUUUAUGCUUGUUAAAUAUUUUAUUUUUUUGCGUCUCUCACACUAUCUCCCUCGUCUCCUUGUCUGUGUGUGUGUGUGUGUCUCUCUCUCUCUCUCUCUCUCUCUCUCUCUCUCUCUCUCUCUCUCUCUCUCUCUCUCUCUCUCUCUCUCUCUCUCUCUGUAUAUAUAUAUAUAUUGUUUGUUUGUUUGUUUGUAUUUAUAAACCAAUAUUAUAUUCAAUAAAACUCAGUACAAUAAUUGUUUUAUCCCACGUGUUCAACUCCGAUUGUUUUUCUACGUUUUCCUCCAUAAAUAUAAAAGCUUUAUACAUACAUUUUAUGUGUUUAUCUAAAUAAACGUUUGGCUUGCUGA